AAGGGAUAACACUACCACUGCUCCACUGCUUCUGUUACUCGAGCCAUUAUUCGAAUUCCCCUGCAUUUCCGUAACGGUGGUUGAGCCUGGGCAUGGCGACGCUAACACCUCGCAGUGACGAACAGAACAUCUUUUAGGAGCAGCGGUAGAAAGGGAAGCUUAUGGUGAUGGCGGUCAAGGCAUUUGCUGAUCGAAUAUUUAUGGUGGUGCUGAUCGCGUGCUGCGCCGUAAACACAAGUACAACCGGCCCUGUGAAUCCUGUGGCCGGUAAAAGUCGUCUGCCCCGUACCUCCACUCCUGAAGAUGCGACCUCACCCACACCCACGCCCUCCCCUGACCAGGACUCCCCAGACACCACCAUCACCGAUUCCUCAGACUUAUUGAGCAACGAAGUCCACUACAGCGUGUCUCAAAGCGGUGCAGUCAAUCCGCGUGAUGGUAAUUCGGAAACGAGACACGAGAUGCAGGAAGAGAAGGAGGGAAGUCUACUCGAAGAUGACACUGCUAAUGAUAUGACCGAGACUGUGAGUGAGGAGUUAGUCACCACGGAGCUACCAGAUGACGGUGAAACUAGUAUGGUUCAGAAUGCAACUAGAUCGUCCAUUGGUGCUUUAUAUACGCUGUACUCUCUUAUUUCCUAUGUUGCAAUGGCGAGGGAGGAGAAUAUUCCAGAAACCAAAUCCAAGGAAGUGGUCAGUGCACAUAUCAAUUCCCUGUAUGUCCUGUAUUCACUUGUUUCAUACGUGGUUCACUCUGAUGCUUCGUAUGAACCCACUAAUGAAGCAAAUGAUGACAACACGACCCAAACCUUCACGGCAGCCAAUCGGUUCUCAGCACAGCACCAGGAGAUGGGAGAAGAAUCAGCUGAGGGUAGUGAGAAGCCUAAUACUUGGACGAGGUACCUAAUCAUCGCUGCGAGUGUGGUGGGUGCCGUGGCGCUGAUCAUCAUAGCUGCCAUAUGUCUGAUCACCCACUGUCGCCGCGCCAGGAUAUAUCCUUUAGAUAAGAGGGUGGUGGUGUGCCAGACCUGCAGCCCCUCCAUAUAGCACCUUCCCCAAGCUCUAAUGUAAGCUGUACAUAACUCAAACUAGAAAUAUAACCAAGAAAAUGUAAACUAAUGUAUGCUUCCUGUGUCGCCAUAUAGACUGUUAUAACCCAUGAAAUUAAUAAAAAAACAAGUUUGUAAAA